CCCACGAGAACACUGGAGAGUGUAUCAAACGCAGAUCGGCGGCGUCGUGGUCAUCGGAGACCAAGUCAGACAGAAGAUUGGGCAGAGGACAUGGAUGGGAUCAAUGAAGCACUCAUGUAUGGCGCAAUGCCUGACUACUAUGUCCCUGAGCCUGGCCUCGAAGACGAGCCUGAAGAUGGACAGCAGACGAACACCGAAGAAGACAAAGGGCGGAAAACCAAGUAUGGCAGCGUAGGAGCCGCCGGGAGCAUCUUCGCCGGCCACUUCUGGAACUACCCCAAAGAUCCGCACGAGUCGAAGGCGGAGUCCUCCGCAGAUGCCACGCAGAGCCUUCCGGCGAAGAGCAGCAUUCCGCGCCCCAAGAAGUCUAUCCUCAAACGACCGUCUAUCGGAAUCGAAGAUGCCGCUGAGCAACGAGCUCACCUGAACGAGCAACUUGGGCUGCGACCUCCCAUGGCCCGCCAUGGCAGCAGCACAAGCGAGCGUCGAGUACGCAUUGAGAGCCCAGCAGUGACCGGAACGCUAUCUCCCCUCCAGACCUCAUCGACUGAGACGUCAUCACCUGAGACGGUCAUUGAAUUCUCUGAGGCUGGGAACACCGAGCUUGAAACAUUGGUCGUGGCGCCCGAAGAUGUGCCACCAGCAAAUCAGAAUCGUCCGCCAGGAGUGACCAGCUCACGCAACCCCGCCGGCCUUCCUCCUGGGUCAGGAGCGCAGCCGUCUCAAGGAGAGCAGCAAGAGCGCAGGGAGUCCAUGGUGGAGGAGUACAAGAAAGAUCGCAAGCACAGGCGAAGCGGCGCGGUGACACUGACGGAGCAAGAGCGGAAUGAAGCCCUGGGUGAGUGACGUUUGCUGCUUUGGUGACAAGAUCACAUUCACCGUCGUUCAUUUGAUGGAGUCCCCUUCGCACAUGUGAACUCGUCGUUUGUUCCAUCGUUUCAGCCUGUAUUUUAGCCUUUGAAUCACUGCAAACGCGUAC